GUGAACAAUUUUGAUAUCAACAGAGAAGAUCAAAGGAAUAUGCAUAAAAUGUCAUCACUUUGGAACUCUCGUUGUUAAGUGUGGCACAAACUGAUGGUGGCCCCGUAAGAUGGUGCUGAUUGAGAUGGCCGGGGCUGAGGACACCAUCUACUUGUGCAACUUUCGGGUUUCCGUGGAUGGUGAUUGGCUGUGUCUCAAGGAGCUAGCAGAGGGAGGAUCCAGAGUGGAGCGGUCGGCAUCCACUUCACCCGGCUCCCCCCCGCCCUCAGAGCGGGAUCCUGUGAGCAUUGAACGCAGUAACCUUGUAAAUAUCUGCAAACUGGUGGUCAAGGAGCUGAUCGAGUCUUCCCUCAAGUUUGGACGUAUGUUGGAUUCGGAUUCUGUGCCUCUGCAGCAUUUCUUUAUCGUCUUAGAACAUGUUUUACGCCACGGGCUCAAACCUAAACGGGGUAUCUUAGGACCAAAGAAAGAAUUGUGGGACCUCUUCCAAAUGGUGGAAAAAUGGAGUUAUGAAGCGCAAGACAUCACAGCCAGUGUACGUGAUUUACCAACAGUCAAAACCCAUAUUGGGAGGGCACGAGCCUGGCUUCGCUUAGCCUUAAUGCAGAAGAAACUGGCUGAUUAUUUCCGGCUCUUGAUUGAGAGACGGGAUGAUCUACUCACAGAAUUUUAUGAGCCUGGAGCCCUCAUGCUAGCUGAUGAAGCCAUUGUUAUCAUGGGCCUCUUAGUUGGACUGAAUGUCAUUGACUGUAAUUUAUGUGUAAAGGAAGAAGAUUUAGACAGCCAAAUGGGUGUCAUAGACUUUUCUUUGUAUCUCCGAAAUGCUGGAGGAGAAGCCAGCCCUGAUGACAGUCCUGAACAGACAGACAUGACAACUGUAUUGGACCAGAAAAACUACAUUGAAGAGCUUAAUCGCCACCUGAAUGCUACAGUCACAGAUCUACAAGCAAAAAUGGAGACUCUUACCACCACAAAUGCACUGAUGAAAGAGGACCUGGCCAUUGCAAAAAACUCAAUAUUGCAUUUGCAAGAGGAUAAUGACCGUCUGCGUAAGGACAAGGGGCUCCCAACUCAGCAACAGCAAGAACAGUUAGAUAGGGAGGCCAAGAAAGCUAGUCGCAUUAGUGUCAUUGGUUGCGAGGAAGAAAUGCAGGACCUUAAACAACAACUGGAAGAAGAAAGUGCUCAUAGGAAGCAGGUUGAGAGAGAACUUGAACUCCAGAUUCAGAUGAAAGCUGAGAGCGAAAUGGCAGCAAAAUUGUUGGAGAAGGACAUUCAUGAAAAGCAGGACACCAUCAUUUCCCUACGACGGCAGUUGGACGAUAUCAAAGUCAUUAAUUUGGAGAUGUACAAGAAAUUACAGGAAUGUGAGAGCUCAUUAAAACAGAAAACUGAACUCAUCGGUCGGCUGGAGGCCAAGGCAGCUGAAAUGGCAGAGACCAUACGCAAUUUGGAGGCAAAGUAUGAGGAGUGUUUGGCACAGAAGGAUGCAGCAAAAACAACAGCACAAAAGCUCAGUGAUAAGAUAUCAGAUGGUGAGAUCCAUUCGUCCACCUUAGAAACUGACCUUAAAAUUGAACGGGAAUGGCGUCAGUCCUUACAAGAGACCCUGAUGAAAGAUCGAGAAUCUUUGGCUCAAUUCCAGAGGCAGAUAGCUGAGUUGCAGAAGAAGGAAGAUGAAUAUGAGGUUCUGAAGGGAGCACACAUUCAGCUGAUAUCGACAGUAGAAAAUCAAGAGAGAACACUUGAAGAACUUGGUGCUCAUUUGUCAGAAUCAAAGCUCAAGAUGGCAGACCUACGUGAUGUUAGUAAAUCAUUACGUGAUGCUCAGUGGGCCCCAGACAAAGAGGCUUCUCACUGCCGCCUCUGUGAGAAAGAGUUUAGCAUAUCCCGACGCAGACACCACUGUCGGCACUGUGGAAACAUAUUUUGCCAUAGCUGUAGUGAUAAUACCAUGCCCCUGCCCUCGUCUGCUCGACCAGUGAGAGUCUGUGAUACUUGCCACACUCAGCUGUUGCAGAGAUAUUCUAAUUCUGAGAACUGAAUAGGUGUAUUGUUUCAUUUAUUGUUUUGUUAUGAAUAUGUAGAUAAUGGUACUGUUUUGCACUGCUGGAUCACAAAUGACCACUAGUAUAAACAACAGCAACAUUAUAUUGCCAUAUCAAUAUGCCUUUGUGUUUGAAUGUGUAUAGUCCAUGUGCAAUAGAAUGCUUCUGUGUGUGAAUGUGUUUGUCUGUUCAUAUACAGAUGCAUCUAACACAAACACACACACACACGCAAUGAGUUGGAAACAACUGACAGACAACUUUGACAUUAAUGUAAAUCUUUGUGAACCUACCUUGGAAAUAUUUCUAAACACAUAUUUCUGGACACACAUAUAUGUUAAGCUGUCAGCAUAUCUUUAUCCAUUCUAUAUAAACAGACAUUUACUUAGUUAUAUCUUGCUGACAUUCACUAUACAUCUGUGUACACACACACACAGAUACACACACACACACACAGAUACACACACACACACAGAUACACACACACACACACACACACAUAGAUAC